UUAUAUAUUUUCCCUGGCUCUGGCGGAUUUACUUGUGAUAGUGACGACGGUACCCUUAACCUCUACAGUUUAUACGGUAGAUUCAUGGCCAUGGGGUAGUUUUCUUUGUACACUAUCAGAAUUCUUUAAAGAUGUAUCAAUAGGUGUAUCAGUUUUUACCCUAACGGCUUUAUCGGGGGAUCGUUAUUUUGCCAUAGUCGAUCCUUUAAGAAAAUUUCAUGCUCAUGGAGGUGGUAAACGUGCCACACGCAUGACCAUCGCUAUUGCUCUAUUAAUUUGGGUCUUAGCCAUUAUAUGUGGUCUACCAGCUUUAAUUGGCACAUAUGUCAAGAAAGUUGAAAUCAACAGCAGUAAAUCGUUUUCUUUGUGCUAUCCAUUUCCGGAGGAAUGGGGUUUAGAGUAUGCCAAGAUAAUGGUGCUGCUACGGUUUUUAGUUUACUAUGCCAUACCACUGGUAAUUAUUGGUGUGUUUUAUGCCUUAAUAGCCAGACAUUUGAUGUAUGCAGCAAAUGUGCCGGGCGAAAUGCAUGGUGCUGUUAGACAGGUACGUGCCCGCCGCAAAGUGGCAUUGACAGUUUUGGCUUUUGUGGUUAUUUUUGGCAUUUGUUUUCUGCCAAUUCACGUUUUCAUGUUGUGGUUCUAUUACUGGCCUACUGCCCAGGACGAUUACAAUUAUUUUUGGCAUGUACUACGUAUUGUAGGUUUCUGUUUAUCCUUUGCCAACAGUUGUGCCAAUCCGGUGGCAUUGUAUUUUGUUAGUGGAGCAUUUCGAAAGCAUUUCAAUAGGUAUUUAUUUUGUGAAGGCUCGCGCACCAUGUGCAAACAUCGCGAUACAUCGUUGACAGCAUCACGACGUUACUAUCAUUCCAGAAGGUCAUGUUUUCAUCAAAGUACCAUCAGAAGUCGCCUUCAGGAGACCACAAUAACAAUGCUAACGAAUGGCAACAAUCAUAAUAGUUGCAACAAUAUGGUAGGUGGAGGUAGUGGUGUUGGUGGUGGUGCCACCGGUAACUUUUCAAAUGAUGACACAGUAGAUGUGGCACUCACAAGUGAUUACUGUCAUCAACAUCAGCACUCGCAUCAGCUCAUGUGAGAUUAUAUGAAUCAUCAUCAUCCUCAUCAAAGUCAUCAUCAACAUAAAGCAUCAGCAACACUUACUGGAUCUGUGGAUGGUUGUCAGCGUGAGUGUUACGAAAUGGACAGCCUGUCAAAAAGUAGACCAUGUCCAGGUCGAAGAAAAUCUCUAGCGUCACUACAACUACAUUCACAAUCAACUUCGUUAGCGCCAGCAAAAUCAUUAUCAUGUAAAUACGCUUUAAAGGGAUCUACACAUUUGCAUCACUGUAAAUGUCAAGCUCUUCAUAACACAUCGAAAUCAACGAAAGGACAUUCUAGAAAUGGGUUCAAGCAACAUGGUCUGACUACAAUGUGUGAGGGAGUAUAAACGCUCUGUCAUAGUUUUAAGGAUAUAGAAUAAAACAAAAACGAAAAAUGAUGCAGGGAUACAAUGAUUUCUUUUUAGCUUAAUAUAAGGACAUUUGGAAGUUUCAAAAACUUCCUAUGUUUUUCCAUUA